GUUUGCAUUGAGAAAUACAAUAUGGCUGCGCUAUCCAGAAAGAGGGCACAGCUUCUGUCACUCUUUCAUAAAUUUGAGAUAUUCUCAAUUGGAGGAUACAAGUGCGCCACCACCUUGCCUCAAUAUGGAAUGCACGGACAGACAGGGCUACCAGGGUACAUGUAUCAUCAUAAUCUUGGUAUGCAUGGACAGACUGGGCCAACUGUGUAUCAACCCUUUCCUAUAACAACCUCUCCACCAACAAUGCCCCACCAAACAUUGGCACUUGAUAAAACUCUACAAUUAUGGGAUCUAAGGCUUCCAAUUGUUUAUUAUCAACACAAUUUACAGAGUGUUGGUAUACCAGUGGAGAAAAUAGAUAUUGUACACCCAACGUUCUCUUAUGACUGCCCAAAGAACAUAAACCAAUCCUCCAUAGUCGAAACUCCUGCAUAUAGGAAAGAUAUUGUGCCGAUUGAUACCCCUGGAGCAAGACAGAUAGUGAUUGAAUCCCCGGGAACAGCUGUGGAAAAGCUGGCUAUAGUUAUGGUGAACCUGCGGCGCAAGAAGAUGCGUAAACAUAGGUUGAAAAAGCAGCGCAAACGCGUUUGGCCCCUAAUGAGAAAGCAACGAUUCCAGUUGAUUUUAAAAAAGAAGAAGAAGCUGCAGCGGCGAGUGAAUUUGUUUCAGGCCAAGGCAGAGAGGUUUAAUGCAAUGGAUUAUAUCAAGAAAAAUUUGCAACAUGCCAAAUCAAAGGGUUUCCAUGUGAACAUAUUGGGUGAAAAGUCCCAAUCAUUUGGAUUUCACAAAUAGAAUACAUACAUUGUAUUUCUGUGUUGAAAUAGUUAUUUGUUUUGAAAAUGUAAGCAAGUUGUUAAAUAGGCAGAUAUCUAACUAAAAAAUGCAAAGCAUUUUUUAGUGAUAUUAACUUGCUACAUAAGUAUACAUAAAUAUUAAAUAUCCUAUAUUUCUUUAAAGAAAACAAUUCAAUAAUGUUUGUUAAAAUUAACAUGUAUCCAUUUGCAUUUAAAUUUACUUAUCUUCCAUCUAUGCUUGUGAAUUUGUAAGGAAGUGACAAUAAAAAUUUGAAUGAAUAAAUAACUUGCAUUACCUGUC